AUGUGUCAACAAAUAGCCGACGGAACACGAUGGUUAAAAUGUGGUCAUUUUCAAAGACAUUUAGUUACUGCGAUCAUGGAUUGUAACUCCAGUCGUUGCGAACGAAGCUAUGCUCACCCACAGCAUUGUCGAUUGCUGACCUGCUCAAAAAAUUUUGGGCGAGAGAUACAGAGAGACAUUGAUAGGGUGGAUGAGUACUGUUUUGCAUGUAGGGCAGCACAAGCUCGGGAGGCACGAUCGAAUGGCAGGUAG